AUAUAUAUAUAUAGUAGAAGGGAGGGGGGGUGUACAGUCAAACAGCCGGACCGUGGCGUCUCAGAGGGACCAGAGGAACAUGGCGGCUCCGGCCCUGGACGCAGCCGCCUCCACCGCCGCUUCGUCCCGCUGAUGACCCGAGUCACGCACCAGACAACACCGACACACGCUCCCCGGCACAGCCCGCACAUGGCUCCUCAACUCCCGGACGGUACGGAUUGAAGUUCAAAAUGUAACACUUUGUGGAUUUUUACCCAGGAUGCUUUGCAUAUGAGGUGCUGAUAUUUGCUGAAGAUGAGUAGUGGGAGGCCGGACACCCCGGAGCCCCCCAGAGGGGGAGAGUCUCUGAAGAGGAAGGACUGUCAGUCAGACCUCCUGGGACCCAGCCCGAAGAGGAGCACGGAGAGGAGGAACCGGGAGCAGGAGAACAAAUACAUCGAGGAGCUGGCAGAGCUGAUCUUCGCCAACAUCAACGACAUGGACGACCUGAACGUCAAGCCGGACAAAUGCGCCAUCCUCAAAGAGACGGUGAAGCAGAUCAGGCAGAUCAAGGAGCAGGACAAAGCUCCAGUGGUGGAUGCUGAGGAGGUGCAGAAGGCCGACGUCUCCUCCACAGGACAGGGCGUCAUUGAUAAGGACGCCCUCGGGCCCAUGAUGCUCGAGGCCCUGGACGGCUUCUUCUUUGUGGUCAACGUGGAGGGCAACAUAGUGUUUGUCUCGGAGAACGUCAGUCAGUAUCUGCACUACCAGCAGGAGGAGCUGAUGAACACCAACGUCUACAGCGUGCUGCACGUUGGGGAUCACGCAGAGUUCAUAAAGAACCUGCUGCCAAAGAGCAUGGUCAAUCACCGGAGCGGGGAUUCCUCCAACAGGAACAGCCACACCUUCACCUGUCGUAUGUUGGUCAACCCUCAUGUUGACGGAGAAGAUCAGCCGACCUCUGACCAGCAGGACACGGCGCAGCAGAAGUACGAGACCAUGCAGUGUUUCGCUGUGUCCGAACCCAAGUCUAUCAAGGAAGAGGGGGAAGAUUUCCAGUCCUGUCUCAUCUGCGUGGCGAGAAGAGUCCCCGUCAAAGAGAGACCUGUGAUGAAGUUCACCACACGGCAGGACCUUCAAGGUAAGAUCACAUCGCUGGACACGAGUCUGCUGCGGGCAUCCAUGAAGCCGGGCUGGGAGGACCUGGUGCGACGCUGCAUUCAGAGGUUCCACCUGCAGAACGAAGGCGACAUGUCCUUCGCCAAAAAACACCAGCAAGACGUGUUGAAGAACGGCCAUGCACUCAGCCCCAUGUAUAGAUUCUCCCUGGCAGACGGAACCAUCGUCUCAGCUCAGACCAGGAGCAAGCUGGUCCGAUCUCCCGCCACCAGUGAGCCGCAGCUCUACAUGUCGUUGCACAGCCUGCAGAG